AUGCUCACGUUCGUUCAACAAGAACACUUGAUUGAACUUAUCAAGAAACAGAGGUGUUUGUGGGAUUCCUCAGACGAUGGCGACGUUGACUUCGCCUGGACGGCCAUCAGUCGUCAAUUUAACAAAAAGUAUAGGACCAGGAAAUUAGGUUCGAUAAUUUCUCUAUUGAUUUUGCAGAUUUUCUGAUGGAAUAAUUCAUAAAUUUCACUUCAGCUUACGAUUUUCAUUCACUUGAACUCGAUUUAAUAAUCCAAUAAGAAUGCACAAAAAACUUUGAAGAUCAUUAGAACUGGCGAAAUCGAUGUCUAGCUCAAACUUGCAGAUUGUCUUUCGGAAGAAAUUGAGAAAAUUUUGAUUUUAACUUUGAUUUCUAGAUGUGUUCAUAAUGAAGUCAUAUUAUUAUAUAUAUAUGACUUCGUACGAAGAUAGUCAAUGAAUAUACUCAACAUUUCUUUUCAGGCGAUGACCUUGCUGAUGAAUGGGCCGCCAUAAAAAGGAAAUUUUUGAAGUGGAAAAAAAACCCUGAAACCCAUCCCCGUCCUCGGUUCUGGCGGGAACUAAAGUUUCUUGACAAGACUCCGUGAGUUGAUCUUUGAAAGAAAUGAGUAACUUCUUUAUUUCAGAACGAUGCAAGUAAGAGACCCGUCUCCUGUCGAAGAAAUGGACGACUUAGGUGGGUUUUUAUUCAAUCAAUGAAAACUUUGUAGAUCUGGAAAUUUCUUUCACAAUAUUUCUCUACCUUAUUCAAUUUAUAAAAACUUACUGUCACUUCAAAUAUCCAUCGCAUCUUUUUUUCGUUGUUCCGCCGCGAGAAAUUCCUUUUCGUUUUUUUAUUCAAAGUCCAAAUACGUAACAUCUUGUAAACAUAAACUUUCCGCUAAAAAAAAUUAUAUAUAAAGUCUAUUAGUUAUUAAGGAUCUGUAAAUGAGAAUUUCUGAAGCAUGGGUAUAUAUUUGGAAGUUUCAUCGAAAAUUCAAUUUCAUUAUGGUUCUAUCUGAACUUACUGCUUUCAGAAAUGGAGAUGAGCCAUUUUGGGAUCGUCCCUACUGAUGCUCACCUGGAAAAACUGAGCCUGACUCAUAAUUCAUAA